UAGUUGUUGACAAAAGGUCAGGCUGUUAAGCUGUUAAUGAACUCUUCAUUAUGUUGUGAUUGUUGUUGUUUAUAACGCUGGUCUGGGGUCCUGCUGUACUGAAAGGUUAUGGUUCAACAGUCCAUUGAGGGGUCUUCAUGAGGAGCUAAUGAGCUAAUAACAAACUGCUUGCUAAAGACAAAUUGUGUCAAAUCUGUCAUGUCUUUAUGUGAACACAGCUGGACAAUGAAAGCCAUUAAAGACUAUGUGGCCUGGGUAAGUAGCCUACAGUACAGCCUAGUAUAAAGUACAUAAACAUAACAUGUAGCGGGGGAACAUUAGGCACUUGUGACUUCCUGUCUUUCAGCACACCUCAAAAAAACAAAACAAAACAACAACAUCACAAUAUAGUGAUUUCCUGUACAUGACAGGCAAGUGUCAGGUGUUCAGAAAAUGUUAAAUAAACUACAAAUCCCUAAAACCCUUCCGCGGCAAUUAGUUACCUAGCCAACAUGUGAUUGGACAAAUUCAGCAAAGCCUCUUGUUAUUGGUCGACGAUGGCCAUGUUUCAUUUCCAUCUGUUUAGAUGCGGGCUAGCUAACCGGUUAGCUACCUGAGCUACAUUUGGCUUGUUUUUUAUUCGGGGUAAAAUUAACGAACAGCCCUGUCACCCCGUUAACACUAGCUUACCUGUACGCCGCAAUGCCGGUUCACUCCCGAGAGAAGAAAGAAAGUAACCACGAAGAAAUGGAGGUGGAUUUUCCCGAGCAGGACGGCAGUAGCACAGACGAAGAAGACACCGUUAGCUCGACCGUGUCUGAAGAUGGAGACAGCUCGGAGAUGGACGAUGAGGACUGUGAGAGGAGGAGGAUGGAAUGUCUGGAUGAGAUGACCACCCUGGAGAAACAGUUCACAGACUUGAAGGAGCAGUUGUAUAAGGAGCGUCUGAGCCAGGUGGAUAGCAAGCUACAGGAGGUAAUGGCUGGCUGUGCCCAGGAAUACCUGGAACCUUUAGCCAAUCUGCAGGAGAACAUGCAGAUCAGGACCAAAGUGGCUGGCAUCUACAGGGAGUUGUGUUUGGAGUCUGUGAAGAACAAGUAUGAGUGUGAGAUCCAGGCUGCUUCCCAGCACUGGGAGAGUGAGAAGUUGCUGCUGUUUGACACUGUGCAAAGUGAACUGGAGGAGAAAAUAAGAAGACUGGAGGAAGAUAGACACAGUAUUGACAUUACCUCAGAGUUGUGGAAUGAUGAAUUGCACUCACGGAAAAACAAGAAAAAAGACCCGUUCUGCCCUGUCAAGAAGAAGAAGCCUGUUGUUGUUUCUGGGCCUUAUAUUGUUUACAUGCUGCAAGAUCUGGAUAUUCUUGAAGACUGGACUGCAAUAAGAAAGUUUUCUUUUUCCUCCCCCCCACAGGCAAUGGCAUCACUGGGUCCACAUAGGGUGAAGGUGGAUGUGCCUAUAGUCAAGCCUGACAGACAUCACCAUGUGGCGCACUCUGAGGAUGGUCGACUUUUCUAUGACAACCAGUGGUACUGCAGAGGACAGGCCAUUUGUAUCAACAGGAAGGACGAGUACCCGACUAGUGCCAUCAUCACCACCAUCAAUAACGAUGAGGUGUGGUACAAGCGGCUGGACGGCACCAAGUCAAAGCUAUACAUCUCCCAGCUGCAGAAAGGUGGCAGCAGUGCGCCACAGUGGAGAGCUAGCAGCCUCUGCUCUAGAUGGGAGGUAGAUGGGGAGGAUGGAGUUGGUCUGUGAAUCUGGGACACCCUGCUGCUCUCCAGCUGAUGGGAGAGAGAGAGAGCGAGAUAUAUGGGGGGCAUAGUUUGAUCACAACUCGCUGGCCACCUCUGCUACUGCAACAGAGAGAGAGGAAAAUCCCCAUCACCGCGUCAAAGGCAACAGCAGCAAGCAAGCAACUAGCCUCCUGUCUGUGUAAACACCAUGGAACAUCUGUCUAGAGCCUCCCUUGAAUUUGCUUCGCACAUUCCUGUGAACGUACACAUGCAUGUAUGAAUAUGGACAUGACGGCAAAAUGAAAGCCAUUCCUUGUCGGUUUUCUCUUUCUCUCUGUGAACAUGCUGGUUGAGUUGGGUGCUUGUCAUGAGGUUCUGGACGGUUCUGGAAAGCUCCAACUCUGACAAGUUGGGCCUUGAUGGAUGAGAGUGGCUGGCCAUCUUCAGUCCUUAUCUAUACUUAAUGAGUAAGAAGAACCGGAGGGUUAUUGGGCCAUGUUUACUGCAACACUGGGGCUCAUUAAACCGUGAAAGUGUCACAGUGUGCUAAAUUACUUAUAUCCAUGCCUUCGCUGUGUGAUGUGCGUGCGAGUGUGUGUGUGGUUUUAGGAUGACAAGGCUUUGUAUGUGGAUGUCUUUGUGCAUGCAUGCUUGGACUUUCUGCCAGGCUUUAUGUAUAGCCACGAAGGUUUGUGAGGUAAAUGGUCUAAGAAGGUAUUUGAUGCAUACAUCUAUAAGUUAACGUCUAAGGCAAGCUGCAUGAGGGUAGAUGAGGAGAGAGACAAACUGAGAGCAAGUUGGAUUCAAAUGUUCAGUGCUGCAUACUGCAACCUGUGCUGUAGAGGAGCUUGGUAUCAUCUCUCUGGGCGUGUCAGUGGCAGUGGCCUUAAAUUCACCAUUAGCAUUUAGUGAAUAACCAUUUCUUCCUCUUGUAUUCCCUCGAUUCUUCUUACAUCAAGUUGGGACUUCUUCAAAGGCAGGCUUUAGUAGCAAACUGAUUUCUACUGCAGUUGUGAAAGUUGUUUAGAGGUGACUGAUUGUUUACUGCAAGUAUAAUUUUAUAGACCUUUUUAAUAUAUUAGACAAAAAAAAUAAAGCUCUGGAAAUGUUAGAUGGUCUUUCCCAAAGGUUGCUAGUGGGGCAAAGCAAUGGAAAAACAUCUAGACCUAAUAAAAUGCCUUAAAAAUAUCUUAAAUAAU